AUGCCAAAGAAGCGGCGAGCAAAGAAGAAAGGGAAAGAUGUCUCCCCGCACCCGGAGGACUACCGGGUCCGCGUGUCGAGUCCGUGGAAGGUAGGUGCCCAUGUAUCGGCCGCAGGAGGCGUAGAGAAUGCGAUUCAGAACGCAGCCUCCAUCGGAGCUAACGCAUUCGCGCUCUUCCUCAAGUCUCAGCGGAAGUGGACGGCUCCUCCUGCCAAGGAAGAGUCCAUUCUUAGCUUUCCGACGCGUUCCAAACUCUUCGGGUACACACCGGCCAAUGUUCUACCACAUGGAAGCUACCUGAUCAACCUCGGAAAUCCCGACGCUGACAAGCGCAACAAAUCUUACGAGUGUUUCCUGGACGAACUACAGCGCUGCGAACAACUCGGUCUCCAGUUAUAUAACUUCCAUCCAGGCUCCACAGUGGGCAAUGCUACACAGGAGGAAUCACUGGCGCUGGUAGCGGAAUGCAUCAAUCGAGCUCACGAGGAAACCGAGUCUGUAGUGGUCGUCUUAGAGAACACGGCCGGUGCUGGAAACGUGCUUGGUUCUCGCUUUUCCGAACUCGCAACAAUUAUCCAGCAAGUACAUGAUAAGAGUAGGAUCGGAGUCUGCUUGGAUACGUGCCACAUGUUCGCAGCGGGAUAUGAUAUCCGCACUCCGGACGACUGGAACGCGACGAUGACGUCCUUCGAACAAGAAAUAGGGAUACAGUACCUCAAAGGCAUGCACCUCAAUGACUCAAAAGCCCCGCUCGGUUCCAAGAAGGAUCGCCACGAGAACAUUGGCCAGGGUCACUUGGGUUUGGCAUCUUUCCUCAACAUUCUCACCGACUCGCGUACGCAGGGAAUCCCACUGGUUCUAGAAACACCAAAUUAUGACGAUGACACCGGCGUGUGGGCCGCCGAGGUCGAUAUUCUCAAUCGCCUUUCCACGCUCUCUCUGGGUCCCAGGCACCUAGGCACUUCCCCGGAAGUGGAGUGUCAGCUUAAAGAAUGGACUGAGGAAGUACAUGCGGCGGUCAAGAAGGCAAGCGUGGCCAAGGUCGCAAAACAAGUAAAGUCGGCAACCCACAGGAGAUUGAAGAGUCGGAAAGGACCGCAGGGUGACGCAGGGCAGGACGAAGACGGGAAGGAGCAGGAAUCUCGGGCGAUGGAACGAGAACAGGGGGGGCUGUCCGACCUCUCUGAGCUAUCUGACCUUACAGUAGAAGAAGAGGCGCAGUUGGUCGACGAAAAUAGGACAUUGUGAUGAGUAGCCGCCAGUAGGAUAACGCCCAUCGUCUUCUAGUCAGUCUCGGGUCAAGCGCUGCGACUGGAAAGUAUCGCGGAUGCACAGC